GGCAUCGCGCAGGCCACAACUACCGUCCGGAUGUACAUAUAGCACUGGCAAUCUCUCGCCUAGCUCAGUGGCGUUUGACGUAAGGCCUCUAUCCGAGCGGUGCCAGACGAGAAGUGAUGCGGUUGCUUCUCUAGCUUGCUGUAGUUUCUCGAAUGAGACACACCGUUUCUUGCCGUUCUGCGUCUGCGAUAGGUAACUCCAUCGGAUGUGAUACCUUGUUGGUGCGAGCGUGUGACCACUUUGUUGUCAGCACUGAAAGUGUCAACUUAUCCUUUGUGCCAAAACCGUCGAAAAAGCAGUAAUAGCUAGGAAAGGUCCAAAAGGAGUUUAUCGUCGUUGCCGCAGCGGAUAACGCAAGAAGACGUCUGCGUUGUGGUGAGUUGGAGGCGAACAUCACCUUCACCGAAGCAUAAUGGGACCCGCGAUCGAACGCUCGCUGCUUACGGUAUCGUUGCUGGUAGCUGUUGCCGUCGUGUUGCAACUCCAGUCGGUGCACGUUGACGGUGAAUUGUUUACGGCGCUCGCUGACAUGGAGGAGCUGCUGGAGACUGAGGCUGUGCUGAUCACCAAUCUGGAUAACUACGUACACGCGCAGGAAGAGAAGCUGCUGCAGCUACGACAGAAAGUUAACGAGUAUCGGAGGGAGCACUCGGAGGCUGCACGAGAUGUCAGUGCGUACCUGUCGAACCCGGUCAAUGCAUUCCUGCUAACGAAGCGGCUCACCACCGACUGGCGGUACGUGGAAAAGCUGAUGACGUACGAGGUCGGUAAGGAGUUUCUGGAGAACGUGACCAGCUAUCGGAGCGUGCUGAAGUUCCCGUCGGACGAGGAUCUGAACGGGGCAGCGGUGGCACUGAUGCGGCUGCAGGACACAUACAACCUUGACACCGCCAGCCUGGCCCGUGGCAUGCUUAACGGCGUCCAGUACAGCACCGAACUGUCCGCGGGCGACUGCUUCGAGCUCGGGCGGCAGAGCUACCUGAACGGGGACUACUACCACACGGUGCUGUGGAUGCGCGAGGCGAUGGACCAACUGACGCACGAGGUUAACCGGACUGCCACAAAGGCGGACGUGCUGGAGUACCUGGCGUUCUCAACGUUCAAGCAGGGCAACAUCCAGACUGCACUGACGAUGACCGAAGAGCUGCUCGAGCUCGUGCCCGACCACGAGCGGGCGGUCAGCAACAAGGCGUACUACGUAAAGGAGCUGGAAAAAGAGGCCCUGCAGAAGGUGCUGCGUGGCGACGACGGCAGCGAGGAAGUCCCCAUCGACACGAGCACGAAGAUCGUCACCGAUGGCAGCCCGCACGUUUACGAUCGCAACGAGCGGAAGCUGUACGAGCAGCUGUGCCGCGGCGAGCAACAGCCGCCAAUCGAAUUGCGCUCGCGUCUGGUUUGCCGGUACACCAGCAACCAGUCCGCGUUCCUCCGGCUCGCACCACUCAAAUUAGAGGAGGUGUAUCUCCGGCCGUACAUCGUUAUCUACCACGAGGUGAUGUCCGACGGGGAGAUCGAGCGCAUCAAGCACUAUGCUCGGCCACGAUUCCGUCGCGCGACCGUGCAGAACUACAAGACGGGUGAGCUGGAAUUCGCCAACUAUCGCAUCAGCAAGUCUGCCUGGCUGAAAGACGCCGAGGAUGAGAUGAUACGCACGAUUAGCCAGCGCGUAGAGGACAUGACCGGGCUGACGAUGGAGACGGCCGAGGAACUGCAGGUGGUCAACUAUGGGAUCGGCGGCCAUUACGAGCCGCACUUUGACUUUGCGCGCCGCGAAGAACGCAACGCGUUCAAGAGCCUCGGCACGGGCAACCGGAUCGCCACCGUGCUGUUCUACAUGAGCGAUGUAACGCAGGGUGGCGCCACCGUUUUUCCAUCCCUCCAUUUGGCGCUUUGGCCCCGCAAGGGUACGGCCGCUUUCUGGUUCAAUUUAUUCCCCUCGGGUGAGGGUGACUACGCGACGCGGCAUGCCGCCUGCCCGGUUCUCACCGGUACCAAGUGGGUGUCGAAUAAAUGGAUCCACGAGCGUGGCCAGGAGUUCCGGCGACCUUGCGGUUUGCAGCCGGACCAUGGCGUAGAAGAAUUCUGAUAGUGAUCAGCAGCAGCAGUAACAGCAGCAGCUGGAGGACUGACUGGCGUGGAUUCGUACGCAUCAUGAUCACCACCGCCACCGCAGCGCACUCCAUGACUAUUAAUGAUCCCAAAAACCAAAACGAAUCUGCCAUAGGAUGUUUUUUUUUUAAUUGUCACUAACUGAAUAGACAUUAGCCAAUUAUGGUAUUCGACGCGUGGCGACGAAGCAUUCUGCACGCACAAACGAUAUGCCAUUAUGUACUCUAGGUUGCCAUAAAAUAACCGUCGUUUUAAUCGUAAUGUGAACAUUUUAUCAAAGAAUUGAUGUAUUCUUUACCAGUAAUUUCAGUUCUCACCCAUUCAGAUGAAUUGAUCGUUAGUGUUAGGAGAGCGAGUGAUUUGUAAAGAACGACAAAUAGCUAGCUGUAAGGUAAUUGAGCGCAUUUCGCAUUCCGGCAAAAGCGUGCGCAAGCCAAUAGCAGGCAGGUUCUGGAAGGCUUUAGUCACGUUUCUCGCUGCUGCCAGGAUUAGCGAAAGAACACUCUCGGAGUUUAUCGCUUUUUUAUUUUCUAUUUUGUGCCCCAAGAAAGUUCCUUUAUAUUUCGUUUCUUCCAUGUUGGUUUUCAAAAGCAUCAACAACUACGCUAAUCAAACACACGCAUUUUGACGGGAUACAGUUUAAAUUAAAUUGUAAACUGGCGCGUGUGUUGAGCAAACUUAAAUUUGACCGGUUACUGGAAGCAAAGGAAAAUGAUUGCAAUUGAUCGAAACACCAAAAAACCAAAACUAAAAAAUAAAAAACCGAGAAGGAUACCACUAAUUAGAUAACACUGCCAACCCGGCAUCCAUUCGCUCGUCGUCUUCACUUUUGAGGAUUGUUGUCACAAGACACAAUGAACGAACCGAACGGGUGGGUAGAUGGAGAAGAAACGCGUACCAACAAACAUAAUUGUUAAACGAGCAGACGCUCUGUUGAAACUUUACUACUUACUGUUGAUGGUAUCGUACCGGUUUGCCAUGCUCAUAUCGAACUAACUUUUUUUUGUCGAAAAUAAGUAGCAAAAGGUAACAGAAGAGAGCGACAAGAAAUAACAAAACAAUAACAUAAAUUGUAAUAAAGACAAUUUUUACGUAAAGCAAACGGCUUGCCUAGCUAUA